AUGAGCAAAGGCAGAGAGAUAGGAUGUCAUAAUCCACCACCCGCCUACUCUGAAAACUUUUGUUUCUCUUGUACAACUACCCCGGAGUCAAUGGGUCAAUUCAUUUUUUUGUUUAUUAUUAAUGAUAUUAUGCAUCUAAAUACAACUCACAAAUUCCUCACCACGUUUUUGUUUGUUCCUGACAUGUUUAAUAUGAGAAAAACACUAGCAAAAGACCACUCUGGUCUUCACGUUUGUGUGUACGUCACAUAGUAUAAUUCUAGUUUUCAUUGUAUAUUAUAUAAGUGUAAAACCUGUAUAGUGAAAAUGAGAAUCAGUUUCUGUCAGGCUCUGCUAACAGGAGCCAUUGUGCUGAACUUGUUAAUACUGUAUUUUGUAUCCCGGGCACAGCAGCAGAUGAUUGAGAAGCGCAUGCAGGGAAAAGGCUCAAAGAAAGUCUCUCUAUCUGCGUCUGGCCUAGGAGCUGCUGGUGGGCUGGUAGUGGGAAACAUAGCAGAAGCCAACAAGGUAGGAGGUGAAGUAGGUCUGCGAAGUCCUCGUAUGACCAUCCUGCUUCGGGAGUUUGAAGACUUUGAGAAUUAUGUCGCUGAAUCUGCACGCUCCUUCUUGCACCAGAGGCCAGAGCUGCCAUUCCUGGUUGUGGCUGACACCCUGCCUUACCCUCCUCUGGCUCUGCCUGAAAAUGCCCGUUUGCUGGUGCUGUCUCCGAGUCCAGACCAGCCUCCUCAAGCACACCGUCCAGAAUUUUAUGUACAGUCAGAAUUUGUACUGCUAGUGCCUGACGGUGUGGAGCUGGAUCACGGGCGGCAGCUUGAGAGGCUAAUUCGAGAGCUGGAGGGUGAGGGAGGUGGGCCAGUACGGCUGAUUGCAGCCCCGGUGCUGACUCGUGCUGCGGUCCAGUGUCUUCACCUGCAGGUGAGCCUAAAAGAGUGGACAGCAACAUACUCCCUUGGGGCACUGGGGAGUAGUGGCAGUGUGUGUACUGCUUUGCAUGGUGAUGCUGUAGUCCUCAUUCGUACUGAAGACUUUUUUAACCUGUCUGACCCCUUAGCACGCCCCCUGCUAUCUUCACUGUUUAUACAGACUGCACUGCGAGGCUGGAAGGUAAAGCUGUUGGAGGGUCCAUCAUUCUCUGCAAGCCACCGGCCUCUUUUCACUUCGGCACACAACCAAUGGAAGGCGGACAGCCGGCUUAAAGAGGCUGCCAACCAACUGAUGCGGAGCUUCGGUCUUAAACGCUUAGUGUGGCCUGAUGGAAGGGAACAGUGGUUCGGCUGUUCAAAGGAGACAGCACGAUGUUUCGGCACGGUGCGUGACGACACACCCGCGUAUCUUUACCUGGAGCGCUGGACCCCACCUUGUUGCCUGCGUGCUCUCAGAGAAACAACAAAGUAUGUCAUUAACAUCUUAGACAGUUCUGGUGUGCGCUAUUGGUUGGAAGGGGGCAGUUUGUUAGGAGCAGCCAGACAUCAAGAUAUCAUCCCCUGGGACUAUGAUGUCGAUUUGGGUAUCUAUCUGGAGGAUGUGUCAAAUUGUGAGUACCUGAAGAACCUAGACUCAGGGUCACUGGUGGAUGCUAACGGGUAUGUGUGGGAGCGGGCAGUGGAGGGAGACUUCUACCGCAUCCAGUAUAGUGAGGCUAACCACUUGCAUGUGGAUCUUUGGCCUUUUUACCCACGGAAUGGAGUCAUGACCAAGGACACUUGGACUGAUCACAAGCAGGAUGUAGAAUUCCCUGAGCACUUCUUGCAGCCACUGGUUCCCAUGACAUUUGUGGGCAUUACUGCUUAUGGACCCAACAACCACCGUGCCUUCCUGGAGCUAAAGUUUGGGCAGGGGGUCAUUGAGAACCCACAGUAUCCUAACCCUGCUAAAAAAAGACUGGAUAGGAGUCGAAUGUGAGGUUGUGAUUUAUUUGUGGUGUUAAACUUUGAACUAAAGAGAACAGUUUAAAAUCUUAA